CUCCUGCGAUUUGAUGCUCAAGCAGCGCGUGCCUCUACUUGUCUGCUGCUUACUUUUAUUGUCUCAGUGUCGAAAUCGCGGAACCGCGGCACUCAUUUAGGAUGACGGUCGACAGGUCUGGGGGCUAUAUGCUCUGAGGUAGAGCUCACUGGGGUUGCUGUCGCUUGGCCGAGGUACACGUUCAACGAGCCCGGGACUUCCCUGUUCUAUGCUGCUAGGCCGGGAGAGGGUGCUGGGCUUGGACCCUGGUACGGAUACGAUGUCUUUGUGUCGAGGAGCACUUAUUGUGCGUCUGCUAUUGUUCUCUGCCUCACGCUCGGAUGUGGCUACGACCACGGCUAUGGUCCUCGGGAGGCCCAUAAAGCUUCCAAAGCGGCUGUCCGUCCUCUCUUCAUCUUUGACUCUGCACACGACCUCUUGACGAGCUAUGAACCGACAUCAGCCUCCUCCAUCUUCCGACCAGUACUGGGAUCGCAACCCGCGUCCCCGCGCUCCUUUAGCAAUCACUGUGCCCC